AUGGCCUUCACUGCGCUACUCGUCGUCGCGGUCGUCUCCGGCCUCCUGGCUCGGGAGGUCUGGCGAUGGUAUCGUCUCUCUCAUGUCCCAGGCCCCUUCUGGCACUCCGUCACGGGCUUCUCGAUGGCUCGCGCCGCAUUGAAUGGAUCUGUUCAUGAAUACUACAUGGCGCUUCACGAGAAAUAUGGACCUCUUAUUCGCAUCGGCCCCAAUACCGUCAUGUUCAGCGACCCGGAGACGCUGAAGAAGAUUUCUGCCGCUCGAAGCACGUAUACAAAGGGCGAAUGGUACGCCGUUGGCAGAACGACGCCCGGUGAAGAUCACUUAUUUUCCAUGCGUGACGAGGAGAAGCGCAAGCAUUUGAAGAGCAAAAUGGGUCCAGGUUAUUCUGGACUUGAGAAUGGAGGAUUCGAAGCCGGCGUUGAUAAGCACAUCGAUUCUUUCGUCGACCUAAUCGAGAGAAAGUACAUUUCUACUUCGACAAAGUUCAGGCCCAUGGACAUGGCCAGCAAGUCAACUUACUUCGCCCUUGAUGUGAUUAGCGAACUCGGCUUUGGUCACGCUUACGGCUUUCUGAGAGAAGAUCGCGAUCUCUACCAAUACGUGGCGACAAAGGAUGCGUUCUUCCCCAUCAUGAUCACGAUGGGCAACGUGCCAUGGUUGGCAAAGCUCAUGCACAGCUGGCCUUUGAAUCUGGGCUUGCCCAAAUCCGCAGACUCCGCAGGCUUUGGGGCUCUCAUGGGAAUCGCCGGGUCAGACACCACGGCAACAGCAAUUCGCAUGAUCCUCCUUUCUCUACUCUCCAACCCGUUGGCCUUCGCCGCACUCCGCGCAGAAAUCGACAUCGGCAUCGCUACCGGGAUGCUCAGUUCGCCAGUGAAGGACAUGGAGGCUAAAGCCAUGCCUUAUCUUCAGGCAGUGAUCCGCGAGGGACUUCGCCUUUACCCGCCGUCGACUGGUAUCGUCAGUAAAGAGGUGCCGAAGGGAGGAGAUACAAUACACGGAUCCUACUUGCCGGCCGGGACCCAACUGGGCGAGAAUGUUUGCAGCAUUGGUCGGACAGUAGAUAUUUUCGGCCCAGACGCCCAUGUGUUUAGACCGGAGCGGUGGAUUGAAGCUGCAAAUGAUGAUGAAAAGUUCAAGUCCAUGUUGUCAACGACUGAUCUCGUCUUCGGCUUCGGCAAGUUCUAUUGCAUGGGGAGGAAUAUCGCGUUGAUUGAGCUGAACAAGAUUUUCGUCGAGCUUCUUCGAAGAUACGAUUUUGCUCUCGCGAAACCAGAGAAGCCUUUGAAGCUUUGGAGUGCUGGGUUUUGGAUUACACAUGACUUUUGGUUGAGGAUUUCCAGGCGAAGUGGCCACUCACUUCCCUCGGUUCUGGCUAAAUAUCGUUAA